CGUCUCCGCCCCCUGAGAAGUGGGCGCCUGAGGGCUUUCCUUCCCCGGCCCCGCUACCCCUCACACUCACGCCAAAGCUUUCCUCUCCCUUUCCCCCUUCGGGAUCCAGAGGACACUGCGGAUGGUAAUUCUGUGAUGAUGAUACUUGCAGAAAAAUACAGCCAAGGAAAGAUAGGCCAGAAGGCUUUUUCCUAGAACUACCUUUUUUUUCUAGUGGCAGAUAUUGAAGGGCGUAAGGGAACAAAUUAUCACUGUCGGAAGAAAAAUUAUUUGUGGGCUCUGUAUUGCUGCAUUUUGGAAGACUGUAAGGAUCCUCUUGCAAAGCAGUAUUGAACCUGACAGGAUUUGAUUCCCUUCUACAUGGAAACGUCAAACAAGGGCCUGCCAAUGUUUUGCCGAAGUUAAUUGAAUUGUUAUAGAAAAUCAUCAUGGGAGGAGCUGUGAGUGCAGGAGAAGACAAUGAUGAUUUAAUUGAUAACUUGAAAGAAGCACAGUAUAUUCGCACUGACAGAGUGGAGCAAGCCUUCAGAGCUAUUGAUCGUGGUGACUACUACCUGGAAGGCUAUAGGGACAAUGCAUAUAAAGAUUUGGCUUGGAAGCAUGGAAAUAUACAUUUAUCAGCCCCUUGCAUUUAUUCUGAAGUCAUGGAAGCUUUGAAACUUCAGCCAGGAUUGUCUUUUCUUAAUCUGGGUAGUGGAACCGGCUAUUUAAGCACAAUGGUGGGAUUGAUAUUAGGCCCUUUUGGAAUAAAUCAUGGAAUAGAACUUCAUCCAGAUGUGGUGGAAUAUGCCAAGGAAAAACUGGAGAGCUUCAUAAAAUAUAGUGAUAGUUUUGAUAAAUUUGAAUUUUGUGAACCUGCCUUCGUAGUUGGCAACUGCUUGCAAAUCUCAUCAGAUAGUCAUCAAUAUGACCGGAUUUACUGCGGAGCUGGUGUACAAAAAGACCAUGAGAACUACAUGAAAAUAUUAUUGAAAAUUGGAGGCAUUCUAGUUAUGCCUAUUGAAGAUCAGAUAUCAAAGGGCUUUUCUACGCUAACCCAAAUACUGAGAACUGGACAAAAUACUUGGGAAAGCAAAAACAUCCUUGCUGUUUCAUUUGCUCCACUUGUGCAGCCAAGCAAGAGUGACAGCAGCAAAAAUGAUACUGUGGGACUUCCCCCCUGUGCUGUUAGGAAUCUACAGGACCUGGCGCGGAUCUACAUUAGGCGCACUCUUAGAAACUAUAUAAAUGAUGAGUUGCAAGCCAAGGGUAUUAUUCCAAAACCCCCACCAAAACGCAAACGCAGACGGUGCCGUAGGCGCAGGAUUAACACCUAUGUGUUUGUAGGAAACCAGCUCAUUCCUCAGCCUCUAGAUAGUGAAGAAGAUGAAAAGAUGGAAGAAGACAACAAAGAAGAGGAUGAUAAAGAUCACAGUGAAGUCUUGAAGCCAGAAGAACCCCCAAUAAAUUUAUUGCGGGAAAGAAUUAUGAGUCUACCACUUCCUGAAUCUCUAAAAUCGUACUUGACAUACUAUAGAGAAAAAUAAUUUGUUUUAAGUAGAUGUGAUAAUGCCUACUUGAUAGAUCCAUUAUUCUUGAAAUGUAGCAUUUACUAAGAAAAACAUGGACAGAUUUCAGUAGUCUUUCAGUAAGACUAAAGUGCAGUGAUAAAAUGAAACAUAACUUGUCUUAACUUUGCUACAAGGACUUGCACUUAGCAGUAAACUCCUAUUUUCAAUUCAUUUUUGGUUACCUUUUGAAAAAUGCUCUUUUAACUCUGGUAGAAAUAUAUUCCAAAGCAGAAUACCGCACUAAUUAAGAGUUUGCAUGUGAUAAAUCUCUUUUCCGCUCUGACAAAUUUGUAUUUAUGAGAGUUGGUGAAAUUUUAUAUGUGUGAAUAAUUGAAUGACUACAUUCAGACAUCAAAUGAGAACUGCCUGCAUUAAUUCUCUGGAGGAAGUUUUUGAACAUUCGGGCAGUUCAUCUCAUAUUGAAUUGGAAAUCUUUAUUUUUGCCACGGCUGUAUCACAAUCAUUGUUACUGUGUUGAUAUGAAUGUAUUCCAAGGAAUACAUGAGUGCAAUAACUGUGUGCAGACACUGAAUGAGCUGGCUUUAAAGAAAUAUGAACAUUCAAGUUCAAAAAUGUCACUAGGCCCUGCUACACUUUAUUUUAUAUAUUCUCUUGCCAAAAGAUCUCAAGAAAAGUGACUGCUUCUCUUUCAGAGCCUUAAAAAAACUUUUGUUGACUAUAUAAAUUUUUUAAAAAUAUAAUACAACCCUGUUUCUUUAACACCAGCCGAUGAUAGUCAACAAUUUCUCAGACGUUCCAGCAUUUAUGAAUAAGCAUUUAGUUUCUUUUUUAAAGUUCAUGGUACAGAAAGCAUAUUUCAUAUAUUAAAGAUUGUAAUUUAGGUUUCAACUAUUUACUACUUUAUAGAGUAGAAUAUGUAAAAAGAUUAGCUUGUAUUGCUUAUUUGCAUAGCUGUAAUAGUAGGAUUUUUUUUAAGAAAAAAGGUUAAGCAGGUGCACUUUAAGUGGAAUCUGUACUUAUUUAUCUUUGAUAAGACAAGGCAUUCAGUUCCUACAUUUGCUAUUGAUACUCUUCCUUUUGGAAAUUAUUAGUAGCAUUGCAAGCUUGUGUGCUUACAUUGCUUGACUAUGUUCCAUCUGCCAGCCCCCUGCUUCACUGGUUUAUUUAAUGGCAUUGCUUGAAGGGGUUGGUUUUAAAAAAAAAUUGCAUGAUGGACUAUGUAAUUUUCACUAGCUUUAUAAUUUAGUGUAAAAUAUCAAUGAAAUAAAAUGGAGCUCAAGAUAUGC